AUGUCUGCUAUUAUUUCUAGCACAAAAUUUAUAAAGUGGCUGGUCCUAUUAUUAUUUCAACUAACUGGAGUUCUAAGUGGUGUUUCAGAUCAGCGAUUCCUUCGCUUUGACUACACAUUUUACCCUGAGCUAGACGGAUGGCUGAAACUGCACCGCAUACCUGCUACCUGGCACGACGCUCGACUUAGAUGCUAUCUUGAAGGAGCGGUGUUAGCUUCACCUUUAAAUAUAAAACUUUUGAAUGCUAUGAACAAUCUUACCAAUGAUGUUUUUACCGGUGUACAUUCAACCAUAUCUAAGGGAGAUUUCUUCUCAGUCGAAGGAGUACCGGUGGCUAGAAUGCCAAUUAGAUGGUCACCAGGGGAACCAGACAAUUGCGAAAACAGCGAGGAAUGCUUGCUCCUUCAACCUCACGGAACGGUGGCUGACGUCAAAUGUUCAGAGGUUUUUCCCUUUAUAUGCUAUAAAAAAAGAACAAAACCGACAAUUCUAUCCGGUUGUGGCACUACUGAUGUUGAGUACACCCAUGAUUCUAGAACCGGUAGCUGCUAUAAAUUCCACUACGUCGGCCGAUCUUGGUCUCAUGCUUUUAUGGCCUGUGCAUCGGAGGGCGGUCAUUUGGCUAUCAUAAAUAGUCACGUCGAAGCUCAAAUUCUAAGCGAGUUGUUUGCUAAGUAUCUUAGUCAUCAAAUAAGUGGAGAGAAGAACGUUGCUCAUGUUGGAUUCUAUGACUGGGGUGAACGUGGGGUGUGGAGUACAAUUCACGGCCAAACUCUCAGAGAAGCGGGAUAUGAAAUGUGGGGUAAAGGGCAGCCAGAUAAUGCGACUGGACAAUAUUGUGGAGCUAUAUUCAGGGAUGCGUUAUUUGAUGAUAUUUGGUGUCAUCGCACUGCACCGUUUGUCUGUGAGAAGAAACCCGAGAGUCUUUUGAACUACGAUUAUGAUAAUAACUAA